ACCCAUUUUACAGUGGUUUGUAUUGCAACAACACUGUUAUUUGUGUUAGUUUUGUGUGCAUUGUUAUCCACUCCCCUUGACGCACCAAUUCAGUGCAUUUUCCAGCAGGGAUCAUUGUGAGAUUGCAGGUUGAGAGAAUGACAGCUCGAGUGUACUGCUCGUUGAUCGCCGUUUUGUGUGUUUCUGGAUACUUGAGCAUAACAGAUGCUACUCAAGGACAAACUGCAGCAAAGCCAGGAGAGUGUCCAUCCCAAACAUCUGGAACCUUGUGUACCAAGUCCUGUAACAGUGACUCUAACUGUCCCGACAAUGAGAAGUGCUGCAGCAAUGGAUGUGGAAGUUACUGUACGGCUCCUUAUACAGUGAAGCCGGGUCAAUGUCCCAAACCGAAGAGCGUUCCAGAAUGUGCUGAAAGCUGUUUCCAUGAUGGCCAGUGUCCUGCCACACAGAAAUGUUGCCCAACCACCUGUGGCCAUGUAUGUAGUGAACUCAUUGGUCAGGAAAGUGAUCAGGAAAGUGAUCAGGGAAGCGGUUCUGGUCAGGGAAGCGGUUACGGACAGGGUCAGGGAAGUGGUCAGGGAAGCGGAUAUGGUCAGGGAAGCGGUUACGGACAGGGUCAGGGAAGUGGUCAGGGAAGCGGUUAUGGUCAGGGAAGUGGUUAUGGUCAGGGAAGCGGUUACGGACAGGGCCAGGGAAGUGGUCAGGGAAGCGGUUACGGACAGGGUCAGGGAAGUGGUCAGGGAAGCGGAUAUGGUCAGGGAAGUGGUUAUGGUCAGGGAAGCGGUUACGGACAGGGCCAGGGAAGUGGUCAGGGAAGCGGUUACGGACAGGGUCAGGGAAGUGGUUAUGGUCAGGGAAGCGGUUAUGGACAGGGUCAGGGAAGUGGUCAGGGAAGCGGUUACGGACAGGGUCAGGGAAGUGGUCAGGGAAGCGGUUCAGGUCAGGGAAGCGGUUACGGACAGGGUCAGGGAAGCGGUUAUGGUCAGGGAAGCGGUUAUGGUCAGGGAAGCGGUUACGGACAGGGUCAGGGAAGCGGUUAUGGUCAGGGAAGCGGUUAUGGACAGGGCCAGGGAAGUGGUCAGGGAAGCGGUUAUGGUCAGGGAAGCGGUUAUGGUCAGGGUCAGGGAAGCGGUUAUGGUCAGGGAAGCGGUUAUGGACAGGGCCAGGGAAGUGGUUAUGGUCAGGGAAGCGGUUAUGGUCAGGGAAGUGGUUACGGACAGGGUCAGGGAAGUGGUUAUGGUCAGGGAAGCGGUUACGGACAGGGCCAGGGAAGUGGCCAGGGAAGUGGUUAUGGUCAGGGAAGCGGUCAAGGCCAGGGUAGCGGCCAGGGAAGCGGUCAAGGCCAGGGAAGCGGACAAGGCCAGGGUAGCGGCCAGGGAAGCGGUCAGGGCCAGGGUAGUGGCCAGGGUAGUGGCCAGGGAAGCGGUCAAGGCCAGGGAUGUGAUCGCAGACGUGGUCAUGGUCAGGGAUGUGUUCGGGGACGUGGUCAUUGAAAUGGUCAUGGGUGUUUUGCAUGAUGCUUACUGGAUCUUUUCAAUUCAGUGCUUUAUUCAUAUGGCAUUUUCCCUGUUUUCUUAAACCAUUUAAAGAUUUCCUGUCUGCCCC